AUGGGUCGCAGAAAACUUACAGAAGACGAAGCAGCACUGUCAAAACACAAAAGACGUACUACAAAAACACAAAAUCAAAGCCGUAGACGACAACUAGCUCGACAACGUAUUGUUGAUAAUAACCGCAAUAUACUAGAAUCUGUUACAACAGAUUAUUUAGGUCCAAUGAAUAUUUUGUGUCAACAUUGUAAAGCUAAGCAUUUCAAAGAUGAAACGGUUUCAAAUAAAGGAUUGUCCUUUAAUGAUUGUUGUGGUCACGGAUCAGUAAAAUUAAAUCCUUUACCAACUUUACCGCAUGAACUCAAGACAUUAUUCGACGGAGAACAUGAUAAAUCAUCAAGAUUUUUUGAGCGUAUACGAAAUUAUAAUAAUUCUUUAUCUUUUGCUUCAUUCAACGCAAAUUUGGUUAGUUUUCAAACGCGUCAAGCAGGUCCGUUUUGUUUCAAAAUCCAGGGGCAAAUAUAUUACCAAAUUAAUACAGCCCUAUACCCUAGCGAAGGCGAAAGUCCUUCGUUUGGACAAUUUUUCAUAAUUGAUCAAAAUGAAGCUUUAGACUAUCGAAUUCAACAAAAUCCUGUUAUAGAUUACGAAUUAAUGACAAUUUUAGAUAGCAUAAUACGUAAUAAUAAUAUUUAUGCAAAAUCUUAUCAGAUGAUGAACGACGAAAUACGUGUACAGCAGAUGAUAACUGAAAUAAAUGGAAAUUCAAAGCAAUCCGAAUUGCAAUUAUUAUUUUCAUUAAAACCUGGUCAAGACAGUCGGCGAUAUAAUUUUCAACGAGUGAAUGAAGUUGCUGCAAUUUUUUCGACAACUGCUGACGGUGAAAUACCUGAAUCAUAUGUAACAAUAAGAAAUAAAAAUACAAAAACGUUACAAUGUGUUAGUUCCUUAGAUCCUAAUGUUGAGCCAUGGAUUUAUCCUUUAUUCUACCCAUAUGGUUCUCAAGGUUGGCAUCAAAAUAUGUUCCGCAUAAAUCAAAAUCGUAGAAUUACACGAUUAGAUUAUACUAAAUAUCGAAUGGCCAUAAGAGAAAAUGAAUUUAACCCUAUUAUAAGAGGACGUAGACUGUUUCAACAGUGGGCUGUGGAUAGUUAUGUAAAAAUUGAAAAAGAUAGAAUUCAGUAUUGCAAAAAUCAUCAAAAAGAAUUGAGAGCUGAUACAUAUCAAGGUUUACAUUAUCACAUGAGAAAUUGUGCAAAUGAUGUAAAUGGACGUGUAGGUAAAACUAUAAUUCUUCCUUCAACAUUUACGGGUUCUCCACGAUAUAUGCAACAAUGUUAUCAAGAUGCAAUGGCUAUUGUUAAUGAAACAGGAAAACCUGAUAUUUUUCUAACAAUGACAUGCAACCCGAAUUGGCCAGAAAUAUCAGAAAAUUUGUUGCCAGGCCAACAAGCUGCCGACAGACCAGAUUUGGUAGCAAGAGUUUUCGAUCUGAAAAAGGAUCGUUUACUUGAUAUUGUUAUAAAAAAAAAAUUCUUCGGAAAAGUUGCAUCUUACGUAUAUGUUAUUGAAUUUCAAAAGAGGGGGUUGCCACAUAUGCAUUUACUAAUCACAUUAGAACAAGGAUAUAAAAUUACUACUUCUGAUAUAGUUGAUAAAUUCAUAUCAGCUGAAAUUCCGAUACAAAUAAGACAUCCGCAUUUAUUUGACAUCGUUAUGAAGAACAUGAUUCAUGGACCUUGCGGUGACUGGUGUAUGAAGGAUGGCAAAUGCUCCAAAAAUUUUUCUAAACAAUUCCAAGAAGAAACAACGAUGGAUGAAAAUGGGUAUCCACAUUAUCGUCGAAGUAAUGUUAAUGAAAAUAAUCAAUGGGUUGUUCCACAUUGUGCUGAAUUACUACUGAUGUUCGACUGCCACAUUAACGUGGAAAUUGUCUCAAGUAUUACAGCUGUCAAAUAUUUGUAUAAAUAUAUUUAUAAAGGACAUGAUGCAGCUACAGUUGUCAUUGGCCAAACAGAAAAUGAUACCUCCAUCGAACACGAUGAAUGUCGUAAUUUUAUUGAAACACGUUAUGUUGGUCCUGUAGAAGCAUGUUACCGAAUUUUCAAUAAAGCACUGCAGGAUAAAAGUCACUCUGUUCAGAGACUUACAUUACAUUUACCAAAUGAACAAGCAGUACUCAUUGUAGACAAUGAAGAUGAAGCUUCAUGGUUAGCAAAUUUAAAUAAUUCCAGUAGUAUGCUACUUGAUUUUUUCACUUUGAAUGCUACUAAUGAAACAGCUAGACAAUAUUAUUACACUGAAAUUCCUAAAUACUUUACUUAUAAGAAAAAAAAAGUUGAUGGUCAAUCUGUUUCUUCUUGGGAAACUCGAAAAAAACAUUUUAAUGUAAUAGGCCGUAUGUAUUCUGUGAGUCCUACACAAAUUGAAUUAUUUCACUUAAGAUUAUUAUUAUUACAUGUGAAAGGUGCUGUUAGUUACAACGACUUGAAGACUGUAGAUGGUGUACUGCACCCUUCUUUCACAGCUACAUGUCUAGCAUUAGGAAUUAUUGAAGAUGAUGAUGAGUGGGACAAAGCAAUGAAAGAAGCAGUAACUUGGAUGAUGCCUAGACAUCUAAGACAUCUAUUUGUUCGUAUAUUAAUUCACUGUCAACCUAUUCAUCCUGAAAAGUUAUGGGAAACGUUCAAAAACUCAAUGUCUGAAGAUUUUGCGCGACACAAUGAAAUAAAUAUCAGUCAUCAAAUGGCUUAUUCUGAAAUAAAUGAAAUUUUAAUAGGAGAGGGGAAAAGUUUGGCCGACUUUCCAACAAUGGAUCAAAAUGUUAUCAAUAUUAUAAGAGACAAUAAUAAUACUGAUGAAGUAAAUCAUUUGUGGGAAGCUGGCAUUCAAUAA